AUAAAAUCGAAGAAAUGAAAAAACUUUUGUGAUAUUACGGCAAAUAAUCAGAUACCAGCCAGUUACAUGUCAUUACCUAGGAAUUUGCAGUUCCAACCGUAUAAAUGCAAACAUGCCAGGAGAACAGAAAAUUAUUUUAGUCACAGGGGGUACUGGCUUAGUUGGUCAAGCUAUUCAAACAGUCGUUAAGACCGACAAACUUGACAAUGAAAAGUGGAUCUUUGUUAAUUCAAAAGAUGCGGAUUUAUGUGACAAACAGAACGUAAGUAAAUUAUUCGAUAAAUAUAAACCUACGCACGUUAUUCAUCUUGCGGCUAUGGUUGGAGGUCUCUACUACAAUAUGAGUAAUAAUUUAGAUUUUUUGCGUAACAAUCUACACAUGAAUGAUAACGUGCUUCAAACCGCACACGAACACGACGUUAAAAAAGUGGUCUCUUGUCUUUCUACUUGCAUCUUUCCGGAUAAAAUAACGUAUCCAAUAAACGAGACAAUGGUCCAUAAUGGACCACCGCAUCCAUCAAAUUAUGGAUACAGUUAUGCCAAAAGAUUAGUCGAUAUACAGAAUAAAGGCUAUUACAAACAAUACGGUAGAAUGUACACGAGCGUAAUUCCAUGCAACGUGUUUGGACCUCACGAUAAUUUUCAAAAAGAUGCUAGUCACGUUAUUCCUGGAUUAAUGAGAAAGCUGUACGAUCUUUUACACGAUGAUAGUACAGAAAAUAAGAGUCUUACAGUUUUAGGGACUGGUAAGCCACUACGCCAAUUUAUAUACAGUAUAGAUUUAGCAAAACUGAUUAUAUGGGUACUCAGGGAAUAUAAUUCAGUGGAACCAAUCAUAUUAUCAGUCGAUGAGUCGGAAGAAGUAUCGAUAGCCCAGGCAGCUGAGGCGUUAGCCAAGGCAUUUGAUUUUAAAGGAAAUAUUAUAUAUGAUACGACAGCGGCUGAUGGCCAAUAUAAAAAAACAGCGAGUAACGCUAAGCUCAGAAAGUUCUUGCCAAACUUUUCUUUCACACCUUUUGAAGAAGCGAUUAAGGAGACUGUCGAUUGGUUUAAUGAAAACUAUCAUACGGCUAGAAAGUAAAUACAGGUUAUAUCAGUUUCUGAUGAACUGCUAAUAUUCCUAAUUACUUA